UCGCAACAGCAACCCAUCGCUACCGUCGCCUUCGUUCGUGAGCCCAUCAUGGACGACUUGUUCGACGUCUUCGACGACGCCCCACCCACCAAAAAUACAGAUGUCGCAAAGGACAAGCCAACCAAGAAGCGCUCUGCCAAUGGCCAUGUCAAGACUCCCGAACCCGCCGCCGUACAGGACAAUGCUGCCCCCAUCACCAACGCGAACGACGAAGACCAAGGCGUGCCAGUGCCUGCCGAACCCGAGACCCCCGCCGCUGCCUCCGACGCCAAACGCCUAAAACGCGACGAGCCCGCCCCAGUUGUGACCGACUCCUUCGAAACCGAACAAUCUAGAGAAGUUGCUGCCGCCGCCGGUCUCCAGGCCUCAAAAGAAGAGGCAAACGUUGUCCUCUCGCAUCAAGUUCGCCAUCAAGUCGCCCUUCCUCCGGACUACGAUUACAUCCCUAUCUCGCAGCACAAGCCUCCGCCGAACGGUCCCGCCAAAACAUACCCCUUCACCCUCGACCCUUUCCAGCAGGUCUCAAUCGCCAGUAUUGAAAGAAACGAGAGUGUUUUGGUCUCAGCUCACACCAGUGCCGGAAAGACUGUUGUUGCCGAGUAUGCUGUUGCUCAGUGUCUACGCGAGAAUCAAAGGGUCAUCUACACCAGUCCCAUCAAGGCCUUGAGUAACCAAAAAUUCAGAGAGUUUCAGGCCGAGUUUGGCGACGUCGGUCUCAUGACUGGAGAUGUCACAAUUAACCCUACAGCCACUUGUCUCGUCAUGACCACCGAGAUUCUGCGCUCCAUGCUGUACAGAGGUUCAGAAAUCAUGCGAGAAGUCGCCUGGGUCAUCUUCGACGAGGUCCACUACCUCCGCGACAAAUCUCGUGGUGUCGUCUGGGAGGAGACCAUCAUCCUNUUGCCAGACAAGGUCCACUACGUCUUCCUUUCCGCUACCAUCCCCAACUCGAUGCAAUUCGCCGAAUGGAUCACCAAGACUCACAACCAACCCUGUCACGUCGUCUACACCGAUUUCCGACCUACUCCUCUUCAACACUACCUUUUCCCCGCUGGUGCAGAGGGUAUUCACCUUGUUGUUGACGAGAAGGGCACUUUCCGCGAGGAGAACUUCCAGAAGGCCAUGGCAACCAUUGCCGACAAGGCUGGAGACGACGGUUCCGAUCCCAUGGCAAAACGCAGGGGUAAGGGCAAGGACAAGAAGGUGAACAAGGGCGGCAGGAAGGAAGGUCCCUCAGACAUCUACAAGAUUGUCAAGAUGAUCAUGAUGAAGAACUACAACCCCGUUAUUGUCUUCAGUUUCAGCAAGCGCGACUGCGAGAACUACGCCCUCCAAAUGAGUCAACUGGCCUUCAACGACGACAACGAGAAGGCAAUGGUUAAGAAAGUCUUCGAGAGUGCUAUUGAGAUGCUCAGCCCCGAGGAUCGUGAGCUGCCCCAGAUCCAGCACUUGUUGCCUCUUCUGCGCAGAGGUAUCGGUAUCCAUCAUUCUGGUCUUCUCCCUAUUCUGAAGGAGACUAUCGAGAUUCUCUUCCAAGAAGGUCUGAUCAAGGUUCUGUUCGCUACCGAGACAUUCUCCAUUGGUCUGAACAUGCCUGCCAAGACUGUUGUCUUUACAAGUGUACGCAAGUUCGACGGUGUCGCCGAGCGCUGGGUCACGCCAUCCGAGUUCAUCCAGAUGUCUGGACGUGCUGGAAGAAGAGGUCUCGAUGAACGUGGUAUCGUUAUCAUGAUGAUUGACGAGAAGAUGGAACCUGCAGUUGCAAAAGAAGUCGUUCGUGGUGAGCAGGACAAGCUCAACUCGGCUUUCUACCUGGGUUACAACAUGAUUCUCAACUUGAUGCGUGUCGAGGGUAUCUCACCCGAGUUUAUGCUCGAAAGAUGUUUCUACCAAUUCCAGAACACAGCCAGUGUCGCUGGACUGGAGAAGCAGCUGCUCGAGCUGGAACAGGAGAGAAACCACAUGACCAUUGAAGACGAGCCAACUAUCAAGGACUACUACGACCUGCGCACACAGCUUAACAACUAUGCAAAGGAUAUGCGCGAUGUUGUGAAUCAUCCUCAACACUGCCUUCAGUUCCUGCAGUCUGGCAGACUGGUCAGAAUCAAGCACAACGAUCAUGACUUUGGCUGGGGUGCUGUUGUUAAUUUUGCCAAGUGCCGUCCUCCCAAGGGUCAGCCCGUACAGGACCCUCCUAACGCAACCUCAUAUGUCGUGGACGUUCUGCUCCAGGUUGCUAGCGAUGUUACUGUACCUGCUAACAAGAACAACGAAGAGCUUCCUCCUGGCGUCCGACCACCAGUAGCCGGUGAGAAGGGCAAGAUGGAAGUCGUACCUGUCUUACUUUCUACCGUUGACGCUAUCGGCCAUCUCAGAAUCUUUUUGCCCACAGACCUGAGAUCACCCGACCAGAGAAACAACGUCCGCAAGGGCCUGGAAGAGGUCAAGCGAAGGUUCCCUGACGGUAUUGCUAUCCUCGAUCCCGUCGAGAACAUGGGUAUCACUGAUGAAGGUUUCAAGAAGCUGCUUCGCGUAAGUCAAACAGGAGAACUGCUUUGUCUUAACGAUACUGACAAACACACANNGAAAAUCGAGAUUCUCGAGUCAAGACUGCUCUCGAAUCCCCUUCACAACUCUCCCAGACUUGCAGCUCUCCAUACACAGUACGAGCACAAGGUUCAACUUGGCAACAAGAUUAAGGAGGUCAGAAAGCAGAUCAGCGAUGCCAUGUCCGUGUUGCAAAUGGAGGAGCUCAAGCACAGACGAAGAGUUCUUCGCCGUUUGGGCUUCAUCAACGAGGCAGAUGUGGUACAGCUCAAGGCUCGUGUCGCGUGUGAGAUCAGCACCGGUGAUGAACUAGUGCUCAGCGAGUUGCUUUUCAACCGCUUCUUCAACGAGCUCACCCCUGAACAGUGUGCGGCUGCACUCAGUUGUUUCAUCUUCGAGGAGAAGAGCAACGAGACGCCGACUUUAAAGGAGGAGCUCGCCAAACCCUUCCGUGAAAUUCAGGCCCAGGCACGUACCGUGGCUAAGAUUUCACAGGAGAGUAAGCUGGCCGUCAAUGAGGACGAGUACGUUGAUGGAUUCAAGUACCAGCUCAUGGAGGUUGUCUACAAGUGGUGCAAUGGUGCAACCUUUGCCGAGAUUUGCAAAAUGACCGACGUGUACGAAGGCAGUUUGAUCCGUCUCUUCAGACGUCUUGAAGAGCUUCUGCGACAGAUGGCACAAGCGUCGAAGGUUAUGGGAAGUGAGGAGCUUGAACAGAAGUUCGAGACAGCGCUCACAAAGGUAAGACGUGACAUUGUCGCGGCACAGUCGCUGUACUUGUAA